CCGUCUAAUAAUUCACUAUCUAAUAACAAUACAUUACCAUCCAAUAAUACAUCACAACAAAAUAACUCAUUACUAAAUCAACCCACAGGAGUUAAUUCCCAACCAUCGUCAUCCAUAAUUAGUGAAGAGGCACUAAAUACUGGAGUUACAAGUCCAAUGCCAAAUAACGACCAGCCUAUUGGCACUAUUAAUCCUAAUUCACCAUCACCACCCCCUGAUGGUACGAUUGGUGGUAUAACCCUUCCACCUCACUCAACAGCAAUAAUUGGAACAAUUCUUGCAGUUAUAGUUGCAGCACUUGUAGUACUUUUUAUAGUAAAGAAAACUACAUUUGGUAAAAUGAAAGUUGAUGGCCUUCAGAAAAAUCAAUUGAAUACAAAUGGUAAUGUAGCUAAUAAUAAUGAAUUAGAAGAA